AUGGCGAACGAAAUUACAGAUGAAAAUAAUCAGAAUUUAUCUGAGGAAGAAACGAAAGAAAUAAACGGCAAUGAAGAUGGAGAGGAAGAUGAAUCCCAGUUUGAUGAUCCUGAAGGGUUUGUGGACACGAUCAGCGAUAAGGGUUAGUUUAAAUAAAAUAUUAUGGCUGGUUGACUGACUGCAAUAAAGCCACGUGUAAUGUAGAUUUGUGCUAGAAAAUGGUUGAAAGUUAGCUUAAAGUGCUGCUGAUGUCGUUGUGUUUGAAAUUAGUGGUGUUUUUAUAUCGAAACUUGUGUAAUAUGUGUGUUCUGGGUUGAAAAAUAGUUGUAAUAGCUGGCAGGUUAAUUAAUAGUUCAUUGCAAAAUUUUGAUCAAGUUAAAACAUGUGAGAGUAUUCUUAAUUUUGUAAUUAAUGUAUUCAGUUGGUAUUUAUGGGGCUAUAUGUAAGUCGGCGUUGUUGCAGAGAGGUAGGAUGGCUCGCAUUUAGCGUAUGGUCAUUUUGUUGCUGGUAAUCGAUUGUUCCAGGGUGGUCGCCCCUAACUGGAAAGUUUGAAAAUUGCACAGCCAAGGUUUCGAAAAUUUAAUUGUGAAUAUAUAGAAAGCGUCAAAAUUGUGCGCCCGAUAUCUCGGUUGUGCGAUACAAACUUUCCACACUGGGGUGGUGCUAGCUCUGAAUCUAUGAUUAUGAAAUGUUCCAGUAACUGAAUUGUUUGCAUCCAAGAAUGACCAGUAGCAGAAAAAUGGUGUGAAACCACCAUUGUUUUUGUCUACAAGCUUUCGUUGGUAGGGAUACAACUUCCUAAAAAUAUAUAAGGACAAAUUUCGACGUUUCGAGUGAAGGCCCCCCGUCUGGAGUUACUAGCGGGGGUCGGGAAAAUUACAUGAGCCUUUAUACUAAGAAUAUAAAAGCGAUCACAUGACAAAAAAACCAAUCAGAUGGAUUAAGUUGAAACAAAGUAUAAACAAAAAAUGUAAAUCACAUUGGGUCAUUCCAGAAAAGAUCCACACUCCCCCACGGAGGAAAUUUCUGCCGUACGGAGGGAAGAAAAAAUUGUUUCUGAUAAUAGUAAAUGUAUUAGGACAUCCGAAGGGGGGCAGGGGGGUUAACUUCCAAUUUCCUCCGUUGGGGUGGUAUGGAUGUUUUCUGGAAUAACCCAUUACAGAAUAUAUUAAUACAAUUAUACAGAAAACACAGUAAAUACAGCAAAAUAUAUGAAACAUUUAUGGUAUAAGGUAUCCUUGGAUGAGUGUGGUAAACUUUAGCAUGCUUUAAGUUUCAUAUUUUUCACUUCAGAUUUGCUUGGCGAUGUACUAGCAAAACGUCCUUCACCUGAAGAUGGCAUUGACUCGUUAAUUGUUGUUGAUAAUGUUCCAGUCGUUGGGCAAGAUAGGCUGGACAAGUUGAAGAACGUUAUAAAAAAAGUAUUUUCUAAGUUUGGAAAAAUUGUGAAUGAAUUUUAUCCCGAAGAGAAUGGAAAAACAAAAGGGUUAGGAUCUUUUAUUGAAAUAAUUUUGAUUGCUAGGUUUCACUAAGCAGCGGAUGGUGGUCAAACUGCAAUUAUCAGAGCGAGAAAAUAAUGUUACAGUCAAACCGGAUGUUCUCUUGCGAGCAACAUUGCAGUAUUGUCCCACGAUAUUGCAAUUUUGAUAGGCAAAUUGCUCAGAGCAAUCUGCCUAUCAACAUUGCAAUAUUGUGGGACAAUAUUGCAAUGUUGCUCGCAAGAGAAUAUCCGGUUUGACUGUAAUACUUCCCAUGUUGACUUGUAGUAGUCUUGUAUUUGGUGAGAGAUAAGUAAACAGAGAGAUGUUGUUUAAUUUUUUUGUCAACAUUUUGAAAGUUGAUCACUAUCUUCAAGCCUAUAAUGCUUACUGAAACGGUGAAACUCCCUUACUGCUUUGUGUUACUUUUGAGAAAUCAUUUGUGAAAUUUUUUUCCAGAUAUAUUUUUAUUGAAUAUGCAAAUGAAAAGGAUGCAGCACAAGCUGUGAAAAUAGCAAAUGGUUACAAACUUGAUAAACAUCACAUCUUUAUUGUCAAUCCAUUUUCUUCAUUUGAUUGGUAAGCUAUGUGUUCCUAUUGGAGGAAGAACAGUUCCUUGAACAGUUUAGAAAUGAUAAGCUAUUCAGUAGAAAUAUUUAGAGUUUAGUUUUAGGUUUCAUUAUGUGACAUACUGUAAUGUUUUUUCCAGUAUGUUGGAUCUUGAGGAAGACUGGAGCCCUCCUGAGAAGGAACCAUAUGAAGAUAAAGUAUGUUGAAUUAACAAAUAGUGAAAAAGAAUUUAAAAAGUAAAUGUAUUGAACAAUGAUGAAACUAUUCUCUGCCAUUUCUGCUGCUGAUUGUCAGUGACGACACAAGAGACAGUAAAUCUGAGUCUUUCUUCUUGUUAACCCAUUGAGUGCUAGCAUUCUCCCUUUGACGAGUACAAUUGUCUGGCAUUAGAGUAAAAUAAUAAAGGUUCAUCAGGGUGCAUUGCCACUUAAUGGGUUAAAUAAUAGAACUUUCAGAAUAUUUACAUUUUUGGAACCCACUCAGUUUGAAAUAAUUUUUCACAUUAGGGAAACUUGCAUUCGUGGUUACUCGAUGCGGACUGCAAUGACCAGUACUCAGUCAUUCAUGGAGGAGGGGAAAAAGUUGACAUAUAUUUGAAUACAUCGACUGAACCUGUUUUGCUGAAGGAAAGACCUGUAAGUAUAGAUGGAUCUAGUGGAGGUCGGGCGUUUUUAUAACUGAGGAUGGAGAUUAAUCCAGCAGCAUUUACACUAUGUUUACACCCAGAUGAAUUCAGGGCUUACUGUUGCCAUAGAGUAUUUUAAACACAUGACAAUAGAAACUUCCAUAAAUUAUUAACAUGUUCAUUCUAUAUGUUUUGACUACAUAUUUUUAAAAGCCAAUUAUUUAAGCAGCAAACUUAUAAAUAUUGUAAUUUUCAUAUGUGGCAUUCCGCUGAAGUUUGCUUAAAUAUAUAGUCGAAAUGUAGAGUAUACAGAGUAUCUAUUGCUUUGUGUUUGAAUUCAGAUGCAAAUUUUGUUUGCUUGUCUAUCUUGAAGGGAUGGACAGAGACGUAUGUCACAUGGUCACCACAGGGUACAUACCUUGCUACGUUUCAUAAACAAGGUAUUGCUCUCUGGGGUGGAGAUGAGUUCAGUCGAAUUGGGAAGUUUGGUCAUCAAGGAGUGCAGAUGAUCGACUUCUCUCCUUGUGAAAGGUUUGAAAAGUUUAAACUAUUUUAAAAGUUGCUUGAGGUUUUUUCUGUGCAACUAAAAGAAAGCUAAAUUGGAGUUUAUAUUUUCAGAUAUAUUGUGACAUUCAGUCCAUUGCCAGACACUCCUAGUGAUCCACAGGUAAGACUACAAGAUGUCAAGAAACCAAGGAUACGAGAGGCUGAUAAACUGACAUGUUAUUUUUUUCAGAGCAUAAUUAUCUGGGAUGUGAGAACAGGUGCCAAGAAGCGAGCAUUUCAAUGUGGAAAUGUUGCGAGGUGGCCAGUUUUUAAGUAAGUCCAAUUUGUAGUAAAUUGAUGUCUCAGUCUACCCAGAUCAGGCUAACUAAACUAUUCUGAUUCAUUCAGGUGGAGUCAUAAGGGUGAAUAUUUUGCCAGAAUACGAGACGAAGCUAUAAGUAUUUAUGAAAUACCAGUAAGUAUCGGACCUUUUUAGGUGUAAUUUUUUAUUUAUAUGUGUGUUUUUUCUUAUAAACUUUAUUUACAUUUCAUGCAGUAUGUUGUUCAACAAUUUAUGUGUCUUUCUAGUCUUUUGGUCUGCUUGAUAAAAAGAGUAUAAAAGUACCAAGCAUAAGGUAACUUUAUUGUGUUUAAAAUAAUAAAGUAGGGUUGCAAUGCACCUCAAUGGGUUGACUACCAUCUGUAGCACGAUUGCGAAGCGUAGCUAUAUAAAAUGUUGUUUAUUUUCAGUGACUUUGCGUGGUCUCCAGGAGAUAAUGUAAUAUCGUAUUGGUUGCCAGAGAUUAAAGAUACGCCUGCUCGUGUCACAAUAAUGGCAGUCCCGGGUCGCGAAGAAUUAAGAGUGAAAAAUCUUUUCAAUGUUGCCACGGUAAAUAAGCGUUGAAUUUAGUCCGCUUUCUCGUUGAAUUUCCCUGUAAAGACUUGGUGAAAGUUUUUAGUAUUGUUCAAUAGCGAAACACAAAGGAAAUACAAUGUAAAUUAAGUCAAAUUUCGCGUUUAUUUCAGUGAUUUAUUAAAGAACUUUCAUACAAGUUACUGUGAAGUAAGUCAUGAAUUUUGACAUAUGACUUAAUGUUCUUUUUCAUAGUGUAAAAUGUAUUGGCAAAAUAAAGGAGACUAUCUGUGCGUUGUUGUUGAUCGUUAUACGAAAAGUAAAAAGGUAAAGAGAACAAAAACUUGAUUAAACUUCAAACUGUUGGUUCUGGUAGAUUCUCACUAGCCUAAACUUCAAACUGUUGGUUCUCAGUGUAGGUUAUGGUCUUGAAAUACACAUCCUUUGUGGUAGAUUCUCACCAGCUUGUCUGCGGAUAAGUUCAAUAAAAUGUCUAACAUGUUUGUCAGUUUUCAGUGAUGAUACUGUCAUGCUGAGCCUACACUAUGACUGUACAGCGGGUUUUCUGCUGCGCGGUCGUCCAGGCUCUUCAACCAUGAUGACUGAUCAACGAGGCAUUUGUCUGAGAAAACUGACAACGUGUUGGUACAUAGCUUUGACAAUAGUCAAUUCCAGCUUUUAGUUUAUGCCUGCAGGGGAUGAUGGGAAGUGAGGUAUCAUAUUGCUAAUUAUGCUGAAAAAUUUCAAUAAAAACUGGCAAAACAACCGAAAUAUUUCAAUAUUUACAAGUAUAAGCUAUCACUCCGUGUUUUCACGGCCACCAUUUUUAUUUUUUCAGCAUAAUCAGCAAUGUGAUACCUUACUUCCCAUCGUCCCCUGCACGCAUAAACUAAAAGCUGGAAUUGCCUAUUGCGCAGAUUUAUGCUAGAUAUUUAAUUUUUUGUUAAUGGUUCGUCAGGCUCUUCACUACAACAUGGAAAUAUUUCACUUGAGAGAGAAACAGAUACCAGUCGAUACUCUGGAACUCAAAGGUAAAAUUAACAUUUCUUCCCAGCUGUUGUAUGAUGGUGGUCAGUGAAACCAGUGAGCUCUAUAUAUGUAUAUCUGGAGCACGAAGUUCAGUCAUUCGGUCUAUGAGAAAAAUGAAGCCAAGAUGGCGGCCAUUGAUGUCCAAUAGCUCUGAAGUUCGUAAACAGUUUUUAUACCAUUUUCCUCAGCUAAUUCCAGUUUUUUUCUAAGGAACCGUUUCACUAAACAAGUUACCAGUUUAUAAAACCAUAGUAUUAUUCUUUAAAUCGAAGUAAAAUAGGAAAUUUUGGCACACUCCUUGCAGACAAACUGAGUUGAAUUAUUUGUGGCAGAAAUGGAGUGAAACUGACGUCCAAUAGUUCCAUCUUUUGGCUUCACUUUUUGGACUCGCGUUCUCGUAGCUCCAGAUAUAUAUAUAUAUAUAGAGAGAGAGAGAGCUCACUGACUGUUACUCAGAUAAUCACUAUAGACCCAUUGCACAUGAUGUCACAGCGCCGGUGACGAUGCAUCUGGAGGAGAAAUUAGCAAUCUAUGCAUAAUAUAACAUUUGUAAACAAAGCAAAUUUUGUAAAACUUUAUAAUAAUUUUGUAUUAAAAUGGUUAAUUUUUGCGCUGUAUGUGGUUGUUGUACCCGAACAGAUAUUGUUAGGGAGCAUCUGGAGGACACUCAUUUGUGACGUCAGUGCAAUGGGUCUAUAACCUCAUUUUUAUGAAGCACAUAUUCUUUUCUCCGCAGAGGCCGUCAGUGCGUUCGCAUGGGAACCACAAGGAGACACAUUUGCAAUUAUUCAUGGCGAAAGUCCUAAGAUCAGCGCAAGCUUCUACCGCUGUCAAAAAGGAGGACACACUACACUACUUAGUAAGUUCACAUUUUCGUUUAAUACAGAAAGCUCCAGGGAUCAAAAUCUAAACCUCAUUAUGGACUGUUAUACGACGGUAGUGUUGAGUUUUGGAAAUUUUCUUUCGUAGAAACGUUCGAGAAGAAACAAGUGAACAAUAUAUUUUGGGCACCACGUGGUCAAUUCUGCGUUCUCGCUGGUCUUCGUGGGUAAGUGUGGAUAUGACAGGGUAGAGGUGUACACUUUGAAUUUUUGAAAUUUUGUUGAAUGUUGAAUUGACGUGUGAUUGUCCCGCAGCAUGAAUGGUACGAUGGAGUUUUAUGAUUUGAACGAAGUGGCUCUGAUGAACGUUGGAGAACAUUUCACUGCCACUGACGUCGAGUGGGAUCCCUCUGGCAGAUAUGUCUCUACGUCGGUCAGCUGGUGGGCACAGAAGGUAAGGUUACAAACACUGGACCUCAUUUCCACACCUUUAUAUAGGGAGAACAGUUUAGUACUGAUAGAGUUAUCCAGUAUAAAGUUAGUGUAGUUUAGGUUUCUUCCUAUAGUAACACUGGAUCAAUAAGAGAUGAUCCUUACUGGACCUCUAGAAAGAACAGUUUAGAACUGAUAGAAUUGUCCAGUAUAAAUAAAGUUAGUUUAGGUUUCCUGCUGUAGAAACACUGGAUCAAUUCCCUUGUGUAGUAACACAGAGCUGUUCAGUUAGAGCUAUUCAGUAUAAAUAAAAUUCAUUAAGUCCGCGAAAAGUUUAUAAAGAAAUUCUGAUCGUUUUAGGUGGACAACGGUUACAAUAUUUGGUCAUUCCAAGGAAAGUUACUUCAGAGGCAUUCCAUCAAUCAGUUCUGUCAAAUGUUGUGGAGACCCAGACCGCAGACCUUGCUUUCUGAUGACCAAGUGACGGUAUGUGUGUGACGUCAUGUUGUGACGUCAUGAUUAUGUGACGUCAUGAUUAUGUGACGUCAUGGUUAUUUGACGUCAUGGUUAUGUGACGUCAUUAUCAUGUGUUGUUAUGGACAUCUGACGUCACGGUUAUGUGACACAACUUGUGUCAUUGUUAUGUGACGUCACUCGUAUGACGUCAUUUAUAUGACGUCAUUGGUAUUGUGACGUCAUUGUCACUGAUAAUGGUCACUACCAAACCCUGUCAUUGUCACUACCAAACCCUGUCAUAAGGUUUUGGUAGUGUAUAACUAGUUUAAUAAUGACUUAUGUUGUUUUUCAAAUUCAGAAAAUCAAAUCAGAAAUUAAGAAAUAUCAAAAGAUGUUUGAAAACAAGGACAGAAUGAGUCAGAAGAAAGCGUCCAAGGUAAGCAAACGACCGUGCCAGUGUUCACUCUGUAUUGUUCAGCAACUCAUUUGGACAAUUUCCUUUCCAGGAACUGAUCGAGAAACGGCGUAGUAUGAUGCGAGAAUUCCUGGAAUAUCGAGAUCGAAAGAAACGCGAAUUCCAGGAACAAGAAGAUCAGAGACAUGAAUUACGUAAAGGUAGGAACCAGGCCUGCACACAGGCGCCAAAACGCCCGCUUUUGCAGGCUAGCUCGUUUCAUAUUUUUAACAUACUGUGAUUGAAAGAUGAUGGAGAAUGGAUCAUUUGUCAAAUUAUUGAAUUAUGGGUAAUUUAAAAAAAAAUUAUUUCAGGUUUUGAGGAUCUCCAGGAAGAAGUUGAUGAUUUUGAAGAAGAAAGUGUUGAAUUCUUUAUCAAGGAAGAACAAUCGAUCGUCGAGUAAUCCUCCCGUUGUCCGCCCCCCCCCCCCUGGCCAGGAAAAUUGUGUGAAGCUCUGAUCAACUUGCAUAUUCUCCUUGGUGUCAGGUAACAAAGGGAAGCAGUGAAUUGUAGGAAUUUUUGGAUUAAACUAUAAUCGAGUGAUUAAUUUUGAAUUUUGGAAAUUACGUGAUAGUUUUUCUUGAUACCAAAUCGAUCGUCUUUUGACACUCAAUUUAGAAAUAGGCGUCAUAUAUAUAUUGACAUAUAUCUUAACAUACUAUAUAUCGCACGAUGUGCGUUUCGACAGAACCCACGAUCAAUUUUGAUCAUUCCGUGAACAUUAUAAACAUUAUUUUAAAUAUUCUAUCUACAUACAGAUUGUCAGAAUUACGCUUAAUUAGAUUUUUGCUUUACCUAACCGUUUAUUUAUCUAGCUUGCUUUCGUUAGAGCGCGGUUAACGCAUUCUACUAUAAGCUGCCGUUGAUUGUGGGUUGCGAUAAGUCGCGUACUUACGUACACCGGAAGUGCAAUGGGCAAUUAAAGCUAUAGACUAAAUUUUUAUCUAGGCAAGAAGAACAAAAUCCAUCACCACAGCUAGAAAGAGCAUGUUAAAAUUAGUAAAAUUGCAAAGUUUGAUUGGGAAAUGUUGUAAAAUGCGGAAAAUAUCCUACGAAAUUUGCAAAUUUUGUAUUAAUUUGUAUUACGCACGGGAAAAUGCACCACAUUUGGGCCGAAAGUGAAGCUCUUGUCAAAAGCAAUCGUUGCAUUUUUAUAAUGCAACAUGAUGACGCGACAAUCGUAAUGAGAUUUUAACCACAAAAUGUAAUAUAUAGAUAAGCUGUGCAAAGCUUAGCAUGACCCAAACGUUCACUAGCCGCAUUUUGGUCAACAACGGUCUGCUCUGCUCGUGUGCGUUUUUAAUGCAAUGACAUAAUCGUAUAAUUGUUCAGCUGCGCUCAACGUAUUUCGACUAGAAGGUCGAGUUGUUAUAAACUGUUGUGGUUUGUGCCUUUACUAACUGAAAAAGAUAUCUGAAGCGAGGGGGUCCAGUGACAGUGUAGGUAGUCAAUGCAGUCAUUAAGCUGCCGUGGUUUGAAUCUAAACUAAAACUACCUCGAAGUAUACUUUAUCGGGAGAUAACAGACUUAAAGCGGCAUGAUUUGUGGGCUCACAAUCACGAGCGCAGAAUCGUGGACCUGCCCCAGGUCCUUUUGAAUGCGUGCGCAUACAAUAUUGACAGCGAACAUAAAUGAUAUAUCACCUUUCAUUUUAUAUAACCACAGACAAACUCAGCUGGCUAACGGCUCUCAUAUGAACUCCCCGCCGUUCUGAAAAUUUUGCAAGCUGUGUCGUACUAAACGCUGUCUAAACAUAGUUAUACGCUAUUUAAAUUUGUACAUAAAAAUUACUCCAAGAAUAAAUUAUAUGUAACUAAAGGUGGAUUUCUACUUCAAGAGAAAUAUUUCGCUUCACUCUUUUGAAUUGUGACGAUCCGAAUAAAUUAGUUCUACUUCACCGCUCACAAUUUACGAGUUUUGCUUUUAUGCGCAUGCACUAUAUACUAAUGUGUGUUUUUUGUUCAUAUCUGGCCAAGUAUGAUCUGUAUCGAGGUGACUCCAAAAAUUGUGAGUUUUGCGUUUAAAUUUAGCUCGGAAUCACACCACGCGUGUAGCAGAUAAACUGACCGCCGAUAAAACUAAUAUCUGUAAUGACUUUUGUAGGGC